UAAAUAGAUGAUGCGCGAUAUCAGGACCCAGUCCAGCCACUUGCUAUUAAAUCCGAUGAGAUAACAAUUUUAGUUACUUUUUCAUAUCUCCGAUUAUGUAGGAGGUACAUAUAGAUCCUGUCGGAUUCUUGACUCAUAAGUAACUAUCCAAUAGCUUCAACUUAUUCAUGAAUUGGAGUGAGCUGUACGUUGGUAUUUUUUUGUGGCCAUAAUUUCAUUAUCGAGUUGUCAAAAUGUGGUCUCGCAGCAUAUCUUGCAUACUGGCUCUUAGCAGCUUAGCAUACGCUGUUCCCUAUUCCGGCAAACUACAUAAGAAAACGGCGCUUGUUAUCAUCGACGUGCAGAAUGAUUUCAUCAACGGCUCCUUGGCUAAUCCGCGAGCUCCUCUUAUCCUCCCCAAAAUCUAUCAGCUCUUGGAUGAUCACGAGUGGCCUUUCAUUGUCGCUUCUCAAGAUUGGCAUCCUAAGGGGCACGUCUCGUUCUUCUCAAGCCACUCGGGGAAGGUCUCCGGGGACACCGUGAACGACAGCUUCGUGGACACUCCCACCAAGACCGAGACGCAGACGCUAUACGCGGACCACUGCAUCCCGGAGACCUGGGGCGCCGAGAUCGAGCGCGGCGUCCGGACGCGGCUGCACUUGCUCGAGGGCUACCGCGCGCCCGUCCAUUACAUCAAGAAGGCGCAGGACCACUCGGUAGACUCGUACUCGGCGUUCGCCGACAACCAGUACCACCGCUUCACGACGCUGCAUUCCGAGCUGGCCCUGCACGGCAUCGAGACCCUGGUCGUGACGGGGCUGGUGACCAGCGCGUGCGUCCGGGGCACGAGCAUCGACGGCAUCAAGCUCGGCUACGAGGUCGUGCUGAUCGAAGACGCCACCGAGUCCGUCAGCGCCGAGGACAAGGCCGCGGCCGUCAGGGAGCUGCAGGGCUGGGGGGUGCAGGUAUUGAAUCUGACGGACUGGGAGGGCGCGAACCCGACGCCGGAAAAGUCUCGGACGAGGGAAUUGUAACUAAAUGCCACGUCAACGGACCAUACCUAGCUAGGUACCCAAUUGGAAAGGUUCUACAACUAAGGUUAGAGGUAGGUACCUACAAACUGGGGUGCUAUGUACGUGAUUUGUCUUGGUCUUGGUUUAUCAUGUUCGGAAUACCCAAGAUACCAGGUACCUAAUAGGUCUAUAAAUAUGGUGGGAGUAUAGAAAGCAUUUGACGAAGAAAAUAAAGAGAGGCAUAUCAAAUUAGGUAUACCCGUGCCAACAGUUCUACCUAUCUGUUAAGAAAAAGGAGGAACGGGAGCGGGGUGGCGUGGAAAGGGGGUUGGGAAGUUGACGGCUAAUGUAUCACACUAACUAACCAGAAAAC